UCUCAAUGUCUCAUCGCCACACCUAAAUCUCAACUGCCAGGCGGUCUUUACUAAGCCCAACCUCCUGGGUUUCUCCGCCCUGCGUCUCUCUAUAUUUUCUACUGCUUCCUCUUCUUUGCUCUGCUCCUCACAAAUUUUCUGUAUCUGUUUGAUCAGUUUUCAAUCCCAAUUUCAAAGAAAGCACAAUCAGAUUUUGACGGAGAAGCAAGAGAGAUAAAAGCUAGGAGUGGAUCUGUGCAACUACUGCAAUGUCUUCAGCUUUAUCGGCAAUUAAGAUCCUCCAGCCACUCCCUCUGCCCACAACCACCACCAGAUUCCCAGAAAACCCCGUCUUAGAGCCCCUCAAAUCCAACUCUUCCUUCCUCGGCUCAACCCACAAACUCCGCUUCAAUUCCCUCAAGCCCUCUUCCUCUUCUCAACGUCGAUCUGCCGUUGUUGCGGUCUCCGAUGUCGUCAAGGAGAAGAAGCUCAAAUCCAAUUCCUCUCUAGCAAAUCUGCUGAUCACCAAGGAGGAAGGUCUGGAGCUUUACGAAGACAUGGUUUUGGGUAGAGCUUUCGAGGACAUGUGCGCUCAGAUGUACUACAGAGGUAAAAUGUUCGGCUUCGUUCACCUCUACAACGGCCAAGAAGCCGUGUCGACGGGAUUCAUCAAGCUCUUGAAGAAGGAGGAUUCCGUGUGCAGUACGUACCGUGAUCACGUUCACGCCCUCAGCAAAGGUGUCCCGGCGCGCUCCGUGAUGAGUGAACUCUUCGGCAAGGCCACUGGGUGCUGUCGAGGCCAGGGUGGGUCCAUGCAUAUGUUCUCCAAGGAUCAUAACCUUCUCGGCGGCUUCGCCUUCAUUGGCGAAGGAAUUCCGGUCGCUACAGGGGCUGCUUUCACUUCCAAGUAUAAGAGGGAGGUUCUAAAACAGGCUGACUGCGAUCAUGUGACGUUGGCCUUCUUCGGUGAUGGAACCUGUAACAAUGGGCAGUUCUUCGAGUGCUUGAACAUGGCGGCCUUGUGGAAGUUGCCUAUUGUGUUCGUCGUCGAGAAUAAUUUGUGGGCAAUUGGGAUGUCGCACCUGAGGGCCACCUCAGAUCCUGAGAUUUGGAAGAAGGGACCUGCUUUCGGGAUGCCUGGGGUGCAUGUGGAUGGGAUGGAUGUUUUGAAGGUGAGGGAAGUGGCCAAGGAGGCCAUCACUAGGGCUCGAAGAGGCGAAGGACCGACUUUGGUAGAGUGUGAGACCUAUAGAUUUAGAGGACACUCGUUGGCUGAUCCCGAUGAGCUCCGCGACCCUGCUGAGAAGGCUCGCUAUGCUGCAAGAGACCCCAUUAUGGCUCUGAAGAAAUACAUGACUGCAAACAAUCUGGCCAGUGAGGCGGAGUUGAAGGCCAUAGAUAAGAAGAUUGAUGAAUUGAUUGAGGAUGCCGUAGAGUUUGCAGAUGCAAGCCCUCUUCCACCUCGCAGCCAACUGCUGGAGAAUGUGUUUGCGGACCCAAAGGGUUUUGGAAUUGGCCCUGAUGGGAAGUACAGAUGCGAGGAUCCUAAAUUCACAGAAGGCACUGCUCAGGUGUGAGGGGCUUAGCUGUCAAUCUUCCACGUAUAGUUAGGAUGACCUUAGUGAUGGAUGUUCCCGUGCUUCAAAGCUAAUUUUUUUGUCUGGUUCUGAGUUGGCUCUCCUUACAUAAGUUGGGUUUGUUCCUUAUUUAUUUUUGCUGUUCUACAGAUUUUUUUUGGUUAUAUUUGUUCUCUCUCUAGUCCCUGCUAUUGUUCUGACGAAUGAGCCAAAAGGUUCUGAUUAGAAAAUCCGGCAAGGAUUGUGAGUUGUGU